AUGUGUGGCAAUAAAACAAAAAAGACUGAGAAAGCUGAUUUAGAGAUACCAAUAAUAAAAUUUGAAUUUAAGAAAUUAGAACAAAUUACAUAUGCUAUGGGCACAUCACGACUUCGUCAACCGAAUGCUUUUCCGCCACCUUUGAAGACUACAAUGAAUAAUUUCUUAAAAGUGAGAAUUAAUAUUUGUAAUAAUUUUAAUUUUACAUGGCUACAUAGUUUUGUGUUAUUAAUAUUAUUAAAUUCAAUACACAUCACUUUAUCCAAUCCGGUAUUUGUAAAUGAUCCGAGUUUGGCACAAUUUCAAUCUGGCAGAAAUAUUAGACAUCUACCGUGUAUUGUUCGAAAGUCUGGACGGUCAGGUGUUUGUAUGUUUGCUAUUGAUUGUAUUAAACAAAAUGGAACACAUUUGGGAACAUGUAUUGACCGCUUCUAUUUUGGAUCAUGUUGUCAAAUUAAGGAGAAUGAUGGAGGCAAUUACCCAAUGGAAAUCAAUGAUAAUAGUAUUGAUCAAAACACAAUAUCCCACUUCGCACAUGAGUCAACUACUUUACCAACAAGUGCUUUAUAUAAGUUAACAACUGAGUCUGAUAUUAAACUUAGUAAUAUCAGUUACGGAUCAAACGAUUCAAACAAGAAUUCUAUUGAUAGUGAUACUUCUACCAAAGUUGCCAUUCGACCUACAAUAUCGACUGAAAAGUAUAGUAAACCACCUAUCAUACAUACAACGACACACAAAUCAUCUCAUUUUGUUAUUCGAACUACAACUAAGCCAAGUACUCUUUUAAAACCGUCAGCAACAUCUAUAAUAAGGAAACCAGUAAAACAUAUUACAACAAUUAAACCUAUACUUACUACUGAAAAAAUUAAAAACCAACAGUUGGAUCAAAAUGCAGAUGAUACAACUCAGUCCACAAAGUUUUUCACUUUUCAAAUCGUAGAAACCACUACACCAACAAUAAUUGAAACCACAAAAAUUACUAAUAAUUUACCUACUAUUGAAACCUCAUUUGCAAAUCACAAACGACCAAUCAGCACAGAGCCCAUAAGCUUUAAUGUUUCUACUGAUACUGCUUUAACACCUUUGAAACACAAUGUUACUACAACACCGAUUGAUCACACAAAUUUCAGUUCUAUAAAAACUACUAAAAAACCUAAACCAAUAAAUAGACCAACAACUACCAAGAAACCUCAGCAAACAAAAAGACCUUCGGUGGAAACUACUAAACAGCCGAUCCAGUCAACAACUUAUUUAACAAAAAGACCAGCAACUAAACCUGCAUCUAAUCAAUUUGCAUCAAACUCAACACUGAGUUCAAGUUCAACAAGUUCAACACAUCCUGCUAUUUCACCAAGCACUAAUGAAAUUUUGGCAAAUUCUACUACUAUCACCCAAAAGCCGAAACCUACUCACCCUUAUAAUUCACAUAAACCAACCAUUAUAAAACAUAAACCCGUUACAGAAUCAAGCAUUAGUUUAUCUAAUACUAAACCUUCUUCUAUUAAAGAAGAAGAUACGUCACCUAAACUUCCACAGAAAAAUAAAACAACAAAAAGGCCUACGGAGAAACCCUCUAGACCAACCAUUUCAAAUAUUAUCUCUUCAGGAACAACCAUUUCAUCAACUAACCAUUCAAAUGUUCCUAAUAAAUAUGUCACAACAAAGCCGUUGAACUCAUCAAAACCAGACCUUAUCACAUGGACUAACGCAGAUGCAGAACCGACUGUAAACUUUCCAGAAACUGAUAAUUGGAAAGUUGAAAAUAUAACUGUUGAUUGGAUCCCAUUGUCUACAACUAAACGCACAACAAUUAGUGUUCCCGCAGAUUCCACCACAGAAAGAGUGAUUGUAUCUAUUUCAUCGAGCAUUAGCGAAGUUUUGAGCAAUUCAUCUACUCAUAUAUUAAAGCCGACUACAACUGUAACAACAAACGCACCUACAAAAACCACAAAACCUAGACCUAUUGCGACAUCAGCAAGCACUACUAAGAAAACAACAGUCACAAAGCUCCCACCAUCUACUUCAACCAGACCUACAACUCUAUCUACUUUUCCUGUUAUAAAUAGUACUUCAAUAACUGUUACAACUUCGAAACCAAUCCCAACCACAACCACAACGACAGCUACAACCACAACUUCAACAACUAUAACAAAUCCAACUUUGACUCCAUCAACUGAAGAGACGAUUAUCAAAGACACUACAACUAAACAAGCUAUCUUGCUAACUACGGAAAAUGGACUUGAUAUAGACAACGACGUAUCUACGUCAACAGAUAAUUAUACAGACGACCCGAACAUAAGCAUGGAAACAACAACAACUUCACCACUUAACUCGCUAGAAGGCUUAAAUUAUAGACAAGUUUGUGGACGGCGCAUGUUUCCAGAAGCUCGCAUUGUUGGAGGCUCAAAUGCUGCUUUCGGACGAUGGCCAUGGCAGAUAUCUCUGCGACAAUGGCGUACAUCAACUUACUUGCAUAAAUGCGGCGCCGCUUUACUCAAUGAGAAUUGGGCAAUUACAGCAGCACAUUGUGUAGACAAUGUUCCUCCAUCUGACUUAUUGCUACGCUUAGGCGAAUAUGAUUUAGCCGAAGAGGAGGAACCCUACGGAUACCAGGAGCGUCGUGUACAAAUCGUUGCUUCUCAUCCACAAUUUGAUCCCAGGACUUUUGAGUACGAUUUGGCAUUAUUGAGAUUUUAUGAACCAGUUAUUUUUCAACCAAAUAUUAUACCAGUUUGCGUACCGGAAAAUGACUAUGAUUUCAUAGGUCAGACUGCUUUUGUAACAGGAUGGGGAAGACUUUAUGAAGAUGGUCCACUACCUAGCGUUUUACAAGAAGUGGCGGUUCCAGUAAUUAAUAACACUAUAUGCGAAUCAAUGUACAGAGCUGCUGGCUAUAUCGAACAUAUUCCACACAUAUUUAUUUGUGCAGGUUGGAAAAAGGGAGGAUAUGAUUCAUGUGAAGGAGAUUCUGGGGGUCCCAUGGUUUUGCAACGAGAAGAAGAUAAGCGAUUCCAAUUAGGAGGUGUCAUUUCAUGGGGUAUUGGUUGCGCAGAAGCUAACCAACCUGGUGUUUAUACUCGCAUUUCAGAAUUUCGAGACUGGAUAAAUCAGAUUUUACAAUUUUAGAUAUAAUUAAGAAAAAAUCUCAAAUUAUUAAUCCUGUGAAAUUCUU